GGAGAUCCAGAAACGUCCCUUCAGCAGCCUUGUCGGCGCAACUGCCGCCAAAACCUUUCCUGCUAUCUGUCUGCUGGCCAAAGCGGCGACCCCGGUGGAGAACCUCGAUGCCCUCUCCUGGCUGCCCUCGCUGUCUACUCGCAAACAGCCCAAACCCAUGUCUCAGGGUCUGCAGGCUCGUCUCUGGAGCCCUCCCGUGCCCGCGGAGUUAGGAUUGCGCUGCCUCAAGUUCGUCUAUUUCAUCCACCCGGGAGCCGGACGUACCAGCAGCAACAUCACACUGAGCCUCCUUCAACGUCAAGAAGGGCUCACGCAAACUUCCUGGCUUAAUGUAGUCGCUCUGAAAAGUAUCAUUACUGCUGUGGCCGGCGAGUCGCUUCGUGGUUCUCAUGGCAUCAGUCUCGAUACCGCUCGUUCUGUCGUUCAAGGCUGUGGUCCAACGUCGUGCCUUCGAUCGUUUCUGUGUUUUCCGCGCGACCUUCGCUCUCACCUCUUGCCCGUCCUCACUGGUCCGGCUCCCCUGGCCGUGUGUCGCUUCGACAACGCGGACACCUGUGGAUGGAUAAAUGACGUCAACAACUGGAAACAGCGCUGGACCAUUGUAAAGACAACUGCCUGGAUGCCUCGUGUCUGGACUCACACAAUGCCGGCGCUCUGCCUAACCACUGAAGCACCAAACAGGCCUCCACAACAGCAAUUCUCCUCAUCCUGGGUGCCGGUUACUGGAAAGAAAAAGCCCAAGACCUCCGGACCGUCAGUCGGUAGCAGCAUUCAAGCUCGUUUCUGGAGCCCUUCAAUACCUUCCGAACUGGGCAUCAAAUGCCUUCAACUGGCCUAUCACAUUCAUCUUGGCCGGCCCAGCCCGGUGGGUACGACUCUGGCAGAAGACAAAUCCCUUAACCUGGCUCUACUGCAACGGCAAGAAGGGUGCUUUCGUGUUCUACCUUCUUUGUGCUUGGUUUCAAGCCCCUUCAACACAACAACAAGGGCAUCUUUCUGGUGGAAUUUGAAUAGGUUCCACAUCUAG